AUGAGUUUUGAUCUAUCCACGGCGUAUAAGCGGGCAUUGCUCCGUCCGCUUGUCUUACCUCUCACCGACAUCAAUGCCACGAACGAGCCGGCAACUCUGUCUGAGGAGCCCCAAUGGAGAGCUUCGACACAUAUCUUUCUGGGAAUAGAUGAUCGCGACGAGACUGCUGCGUGGCCGCCUGCCAAGUUCAACGAUGAUCCGUCCAACAUUCCCAACGACGAGGCAUACAACAUCCCAUACGAUCCCGCAAGCAAGAAAGCAAGCACCAGCGUUUUCAAGCUGUACUCCGACUCUGAACAGAGAAAGACAUCAACCGUCCAGCCUCCUAAGCUGGCCGCUAAACGCUAUUUCCCAAAGAAGCAAGCCGAAAAGUCUGAGCAGGGUAUAACUCUUCUCACGCUUACAGGUAUGGGCGUUCCCAAGGAGAUGUUUGAGCCUAUGCUUGAAGCUGUACUCCCUCGACUACGCAAGUCUGGUGUCAAGGUUGAAGAGAUCUGGGCGAUAGACAUGCCUCUUAGCGGACAGACGGCCAAGGCUAAUCCUGUGGGAUAUCUAUAUGCUAAUGAGAAGGACAUCGUUCGAGAUUUGCUGCUAUUCCUUACUGCUUAUCUACCUGUUCAACCUGGUAAAGAGCUGCCGAGGUACCUUGAGGCACGCAAACCAGCAGGCCAAGCUCAACAGCCUACACGGCAGAAUCUUCAUGUCUUUGCCCACAGUCUCGGCGCUCAAGCCGCUAUCCUAGCUUCCGUCCACGCACCAAACAUCUUCAGCAGUCUAAUGGUUGUCGAUCCAGCCAUGAUCCCCGCCGGAAAGAUCAACGACGCCAUGACAAAGCUCCCCAAGGAGAUAUUCUGUCUUGGUCUCAAAGAAACCUUCCCUGAUCACAAAGCCGUCGAAAAAGCACUCCGCGAGAAUAAACGGACCCGAAACUGGGACUCACGCGCCAUCAAAGCAUUCAUCCAACACGGAAUCAUCCCCAGCGAAAAGGGUGGCGUCAAGCUCAUCGCCCAUCCAAGCCUUGACUGGGCUCUAUGGUACGACAAGCAAACUCCUGCUGAGUGCUAUGAUCGGUUCAAGGAUAUGAGCGUUCCUUUACUAGCUAUAAUGCCGAAGAGGCCCUUUGCUGUGCCGGCGAAGAUGUUUGAGGCUGAUGUUAGGAAGUUGAAGAGGAGGGUUGAAGUUAGGUGGGUUGAGGGGACGCAUCAGGUUGUUUAUGAGAGGAUGGAUGAGUGUGUAGUGUUUGUGGGGGAGUGGUUGGGAGAUAUUGCUGGUGAGAAGAAAGCUAAGCUGUAG